AUGGCGGUCGCUUUGCACAGAAUUAGGUUCUUCUACAAAUUACGUCCGUUUAACUUAACAGAAUCCUUAAUCAGGUAUGGGAAAGUGUUUCUUAUGAAGGAAGAGACUUUCUACUUCCUUUUCAUACUGUGGAGAAUUAAUUUGAUGUUGUUUUCAUUCCCUCACACGCAGAGCAAGUUGUGUUCGUUGCCUACACACAAGUCAUGCAGUGUUUGGGCUGGAAGAAUUUUUCCCUCCGGGAGUGAUCGAGAAGGGAGAAUUGGCUCCAGAAUCCGUCAAUACAGGUAUUUGUCUCUAUUUUAAGAUAUCCAGUGUGAAACUGUUGUUGCGUCCCUCCCUUCCCGCUCUCCUUGAAAUCAAAAGACUUGUUAUUUGUCGAACAGCGGCAGGGGUAUUUUCAGUAUUUUAAAGAACGCAGAACGUUGAAUGCAGAAUACAAAAAGCCAGAUGACUUUGAAGUUUAGUGAUUAGGGGUAGCAGACAGGGUGAAUCAAGUUUCAGGUCAACUUUCCCGGUAUUAUGACUCUAAAUGGAACCUGAUUUUACCAGGGCCUGAACAAUCGAUGAAAUCGAUAAUCGAUGGCAAUCGAUAACAAUCGAUUGAUAUUGAUAAUCGAUGGACAAUCGAUCACGAAAAUUUUUAUGAUUAUUGAUUAUCAUCGAUUAUCAAUAUCAAUCGAUAAUCCAUGGGAAUCAAUCAAUUAACAUAAUAAUUCCACGCGGAAGAUCGAGGUGGACUUGAGCGUCUGCACAGACAUAGAAAGAAAGAAGAAGAAAAAGAAAUAAUAAGCUUAAUCGUGUUUGAACGACGACUGCGUCCCAGGUCAAUUGAAGCUAAAUCGAUCAAGUUUGUUGUACUGACAAGGAGAUAUGUUAAUUGUCUUAAUUAUUUGUGCUGUUUUUCACGGAGCCUCAUCGAUGAACAAUUCUCAAACUUUGUUACUGAGGUUUAAAAAUAAUAUACGAUCUGGGUAUACUCCCGCGAUACCUGAAGAUACGGAGACAUGAAUUUAGUGCCAAUCGAUGGCAAUCGAUGAAGUUUGCGACCACCUAAGUGUGAUUAUCGAUUGAUCAUCGAUUGGCCAAUGCCAAUCGAUGCUAAUCAACAGUAAUUAAUCGAUUGAUCGAUUGAUUUUGCGGUCAUCGAUUUUCAUUGAUUAAUGUUCAGGUCCUGAUUUUACUCAGUUUCCUAACCCUAAUCACUAAACUUCAGAGUAAUUUGGCAUUCUUCAUUCAGCGUUCAACAAAAUACCUCUGCCGGUCAAACAGUGGAUUACAACCUUUCGCCAAGCUGCGGUUAUCUUUCACUUGGCUACAGCAUCCCCUCAAUACAGGGUUGUCACUAAGAUUUCAAGUUGCCGGGUAUACACAACAAGUAGGCGGGGAAUCAAACGGCUAGGGAUUUCUUUUGGUUCUAUUUUUCUUCUAUUUUCCAAUAAAAGUAGCCGGGGGCUACUCUCUUUGUAGCCGGGGAAAAUCCCCGGCUCCCGGCUCUUAAUGACAACCGUGCCUCAAUAUCUCCCACGAACACUCGAAAGAUGAGAACUAUCUUUUGAUUGUUUGGCUUUACAAAUAGCUAAAAUGUUAAUAUAAUAAUCCCGUUGUACACUUUGAAGGUAGAAAGUGGCAAGCUGGAGAACUGAGGGGCAAGAGUAAUGAAGACCUUCACAAACUUUGGUAGGAAGGAAUUUCACUAUACAAUUUUUGUCAAUAUUUGUCAAUUUUUCUGCAGGCCUAAGACGAGCAGUCAAAAGUCUUACAAAAGUCUUAACAGUUUAAGGUUUAACCUGAGAAAAUGUUUACCUAUGAGUCUUUCAAAGAGUAGCUGUGAGGAACAAUGACAAAAAGGUCCACGAGAUCGAUAUAUUGAUUUUGCUAUAAUAUUGAUUUUCUGAUUAUAAUCAGAGGCAUAGGGAUUAGGUACUUCUGUUAUAAUGACAAAAUAAUCAUUUUCAGUGAUGAAAUACGUACAAGAACUGUACUAUGAAUAAAAAUUGAAAUGUGGAGAAAUAAAGGGCAAAUCUCCAAACCAUAAAGCACAAAAAAAUGCUCAAAAGUUAUUUUCAUCUGUGAGAUUUGGUGACCUGAGAUCGGGUGAUGUAUCUGCAAGAAUCCUGGAUAAUCCAAGAGAGUUGACAUAAUGUAUGAGUUAUGAGUAUGAGAGAACCAGUUUAAACUUUUUACAUGUAUAAUCCCACUACUUAUGCUCACAGCCAGAGCUCACAGCUUAGUGCAUUAGAAACUUUGGGUUACUAUUUCUACUCGGAGAGGAUGCCUUUCAAUCACACAGUUAUUUUGCAGGUAUGUACUGCUGAAGGAAAGAAACAUGUUGCUAACUUUAAGACAUGAGUCUAAGAGACAAGGAGUUCCAAUGCCUUCUCCAACAAGAUUACAUAAGGUAAGAGGAGGAUAGCCUGCAUCGCGGCGAUAUCCUUGUUUUUGGACUCCCAACGGAUUUAAUGAAUUAUAGGAAAUGUCAUUUAACCCUAGUUAGGAAGUCCAGGAAGCAGCGCCGAUAUCCUUGUUCUCAACUCGUAAUAGAUUUAACAAAUUGUAGGAAAUGCGUAAUCUAACCCCAGUUAGUGACGUUUACAAAGCAGUGCCAACAUCUUUCUUCUGGGCCCCCAACAGACACAAUGAAUUACUGGAAUUGCGUUUUGAAUUUCCCUUCAACCUGAUUGGCAAAUUGACAAUGGCGUGAUACAAAUCCUGGUACACUGGCUGGGGUCCAGAACAAGGAUUUUGGCACUGCCCUCACUCCUGCAAACAGAUUUAAACACAGGUUUAGUUCCAUCUGUGGUGCAGGGUAGAGGAGGAAUGAUGCUUUCAAAAUACAGAGAACUGAUUUCAGCUUUCAAUACAAAGCUGUCUAUUUAGUAUUAUAAUUUGAUUUCAAGGGUAGCUGCUUACAAUACAAUCAGUUGAUUCCCACUAUACUUUUAUAUACUGUUCUUUUCAGGGGCUUGUUCAUUACCUGUGAGGGAGGGGGGGAGGCGACCAUUUUGAUAAAGCUUAGAAGAUUUCCAAAGUAUUCAUUUUUUUAAUCAUGUGUAAAUUUGAGUAAAUUCUCACCUGAGAGCUUUAGAAUUGAUGGAACGUUUUUAGCUUUCGUAAACUUGAUAUUUAUAUUAUUUAUUACCUUACUAUUUUAGUAUUUAAGGAUUUUAGAAUUUUAGGUUUUUAGUAGUUUCAUAGGGCCAUAAGGGAGAAUACACUUAAUACUGUAAUUUGGUGGCAUAGCCGUUGAAGGUUUUUGCAUAAAAAAGAACAAGCAUUAAGGCCAAUUUCCAUAGUGUUAAUAUCAAAAACAACAUUCUUUAGUGCUAAUGAAGUUUCAUUUUGCUUCGGUGAAUGUUAGUUUAUCAGACCAGAAUAUCAAUAACAAAUGAUUAUUAUUUUUGUUCUUUUCUCAUUUGUGUCAUUUUGCAUUUAGGUCCAGAAAUCCAUGGCAGCCAUUAAGACAGUCAUAGCAGAAAGAGUAAGUUUUGGUUUCUCUUGGGAAUUAUCUUUACAGAUACAACACUGAUGUAAUUAAAUAUAUAGAAUACUGGUACUUUGCACAUGUUUAUUGUUAUGUCAAUAGGCCAUUUUUGAGUUCCCCUGGGCCUCUGUAUCAAAACGAGGUUAAGUGCACAGCCUUUGAUAUGGAAAUGAUUUUUCAUUCUCAUGCAAAUAAAACUCAUUUUCACAAGAAAGGUGGACUGCGAGCAGUCCCUUAGGAUGGUCACGUGAGCGAGGAAAGCGCAAGCAAGAAAAUCGAGCGAAGCGAGCGAACUCGGCCAAUUCGCUCUCUCCAGUCCUGCCGAGCUUAGACUUGACUGACUGAAGAGGGACUGCUCGCAGUCUACAAGAAAGGUUGUGCACCUACUGUAGCCUCAUUUUGAAAGUGAGGGUUUUUGGGAACUCGGAAGUGGCCUAUUGUGAAGAACAGUGUCUUUGUUUACAAGAGAAGCAAGUAAAUGUAAUAAUUUUAUUUCCAGGAGAGAUUAUUAAAAGUCUUAGAACAAGAAACAUGGCCAUUUGACGCAAUUGAGGAGGAGCAGUCAACGGCAGACGUGGAACUUGUCAAAGAGGAUAGUAAUGUUGUUGUAAAUGAUGACGAAUCACAACCAGGAUUUUUCAACAAACUGAAAAGAAAACUUUUACCUGGAAUGUGGAGGACUACAUAA